AUGGUAGAGUACAACAUCGAUAAUCAGGCCAAGCCACUGGCCCCCGCGACAAUCUUCUUCGGCCGGAGCGACGAAGAGUUCCCCUUCGCCGCUCCGAAGCCGAGGCGCGAGAAGAAGAGCAGCAAGUGCCCGGUUUAUUUCCUCCUGUUUGUCACGGUCGCAAGCAUACUCCUGUUCAUCUUCGCCAACAUAGUGUUGCGCGUCGCGGCCCCUAGGGUCACGUUAAAUUCCGUCACGGUCAAAACACUCUCGACCCUCACGGGUUUGACAGACUCGAUAAACGGGACCCUGGUGGCCGAGAUGGACAUCGACAACAACAACUUCGGUUAUUUCGGGUACUACGACAGCUCGAUCGCGUUCUUGUAUCAGAACGUGACGCUUGGAGUCGCGAACGUUACCGGUGGGCGCGUGUUCGCUAGGCAGACGGACACGGUGAACGUUACGGUGCAAGUGAGAUCGACUUACGCGUUGGCCCAGUACGAGAAUUUCACUAGUGAUUUGAGUAAUGGGGUGCUGGAGCUGAGGAGUUUUGCAAAGUUAGAUGGAAAAGUCCAUAUCAAGAAGUUGCUCUGGAGGAGGAGCAACUUGAUGAACUGCACUAUGAAUCUUCGUUUGGGUAGCCAAACAGUCCAGGAUUUGAGAUGUUUGUGA